AUGUCCAUGAAGUUGACAGAAUUAUUACCUACCCCUACAGCGGUCACAGAUGAAUACUCUCAAGUUAGAAGAGAUCCCUGGUUCAGAGGAAGAGAGGAUGCCGUUGGAAUGGCUCUUGUAACUAAGGAACCACCACCUUACGGUCAUCGUAGUGGUUUCAAACCUAAAUCAACUGAUGAUUUCGGAGAUGGUGGUGCUUUCCCCGAAAUUCAUUUCGCCCAGUUUCCAUUAGGUAUGGGUAUGGGAGAGAGGAAAGGUAAAAGCGAUGGGCAGAUCGCUCUUCAAACUGAUGCCGAAGGAAGACUUCGCUUCGAUGCCAUCGCUAAAUUGGGGCAUGGAAAGGAUAAGAUUGUUCAUAGUAGACUAGCUGAUAUGCAAGCUAAAGUUUGGGAUGAAGACGAUGAAGAUCUUCAGAGACCUGAUGAUGACUCAAUUAAAGAAGUUACAGAGAAGACUAGAUUAGCUUUGGGUAAAAUUACAGAUAGCAAGGUUGAAUCAAGUUUGCCUGUACGUCAUGCUGAAAAAGUUGGUCCUGCUCAGUACAUUCGUUAUACCCCUAGUCAACAAGGAGGAGCUGGAGAGGCUCAACAACGUAUUAUUCGUAUGGUCGAAGAACAGAAGGAUCCUAUGGAGCCACCGAAAUUCAAAAUUAAUCAGAAGAUUCCAAGAGCGCCACCUUCUCCUCCCCCACCUGUUAUGCACAGUCCUCCUAGAAAGGUAACAACCAAAGAUCAGAAUGACUGGAAAAUCCCUCCCUGUAUUUCUAACUGGAAAAAUCCUAAAGGUUUCACUGUUGCUCUUGAUAAGAGACUUGCUGCUGAUGGUCGUGGUCUUCAACAGACACAUAUUAAUGAGAACUUUGCUAAAUUAUCUGAAGCUUUGUACAUUGCCGAUAGAAAGGCCCGUGAGUCUGUGGAGGCCAGAGCUCAACUGGAGAGAAGACUCGCACAACAAAAGAAGACUGAACAAGAGGAGAAAAUGCGACAAAUGGCCGCCCAAGCUCGUCAAGAGAGAGCAGGAAUACGAAAGAAAGAGGAGGAUGGAGAUGAAUUUGCUAAGCAGAGAGAAGAAAUCAGACGUGAUCGUUUGGAUGACAUCCGAAAGGAAAGAAACAUCGCUCGCAGUCGGCCAGACAAAGCCGAUAAGUUACGAAGAGAUAAAGAAAGAGAUAUUUCUGAGAAAAUUGUGCUGGGAUUACCAGAUACCAAAGCUCGUGCUGGAGACACUCAAUUUGAUUCGAGAUUGUUUGAUCAAAGUAAAGGAUUGGACAGCGGUGCUAUGGAUGACGAAACCUACAAUCCAUAUGACAAGGCUUGGAGAGGUGAUAAUGUCCAACAACAUGUAUAUCGUCCAAGCAAGAAUAUUGACAAAGACGUGUAUGGUGAUGAUCUCGAUAAGAUUAUCAGUACACAACGGUUCGUUGCUGACAAAGGAUUCUCUGGAGCUGAUAGCGGAACGAGAGGUUCUGGUCCUGUGCAGUUCGAGCGUGAUCAAGAUGUGUUCGGUCUCGGAGAUCUCUUCCAGCAAGUUAAGGAUAAGAAACGGACUGGUGAUAAGGAUGAUCGUUCAGACAAUAAGAAAAGCCGUCAUUAA